AUGGAUUCCGAAUCAGAGUUCCCCGUUCCUAGUCGGGAGGAAUCCGAACUCAUAAAGGAAUACUUUCAAACUGAAUCUCAAUUCGUGGCUGCUAAGGGCUACUUCGUAAAGUUCCAGCAAAUUUGCUUACGGAAGCGCAUUGUUUCAUUAAUCGACACGGUCUGGAGGAGUAUUUCUUCUGAUGCGUAUAUUCCGUAUCUUGCUAUGAACUAUUUUGAUCGCAUCAUUUCAAGAUUCAAUGAGAUCUUGACGGAUAGCGCCUUGGAAGGUCGUAAUGAUUCUGAAAAACUUCGUUUGAUUGCAAUCUGUUGUCUCAUCAUAGCUGCCAAGAUAAGGAUAAAUAACUUCUCUGUUGAUCAGCUUUUGAGAGACUUGAAUGACAUGAAAGUGGUUAUAACUCAUCAGAUGGUAAGGAAAGCGGAGUAUCUCAUUCUUGAUCAACUUAAUUGGAAAAUGCUACCGGUGACUGCCUUCUGCUUUCUGAACCACUAUUACCCUUACUUCAAAGAAUUUGGUGGUUUUAAACGCCGUUGCAUCAAUGAGAUCAUAAUUCAAGCUCAGGGAGAGCACUCAUUUGUUGAAAACACGCCUUCUCAGAUUGCAUUGUCCGCGUUUCUGGCUGCUUCCAAAAUUGCAUACCCCUCAAAAUAUGACAAAAUGCUAAAUCCUUCUAACUUUCAUAAAAUUGACAAUGAAGAGGAGGUGAAGAACUGUUUGAAUCCGAUGAUAAAGCUUUGCAGUAAAUUGGACAUCCAUAUUGAGCCUGCUGAAUCAGGAAUUGGCUCCUCUUGUAGUAAAGUUGUGAAUUCAUGUGAGGAAAAAGAAAAAGAAGAUGGGACUACGGUAAUCAACGGGGUUGGAACUUCAUCGGUAAAGGAAAUCCAACAAGGCAGUGGCAAGGCGUGGGUGGUGGGUUCAAGUGAAGAAAAAGAAAAAGAAGAUGGGACUGCCAUAAUCAACGGGGUUGCAACUUCAACUGUAAAGGAAAUCCUACAUGGCAAUGGCAAUGGCAAGGUGGCUGUGGUGUGUUCAAGAGAAGAAAAAAACAAAGAAGAUGGGACUGCAGUAAUCAACUGGGUUGGAAAUUCUACGGUAAAGGAAAUCCAACAUGGCAAUAGCAAUGACAUGGUGGCUGUGGUGGUGGGUUCAUGUCUAUAUAAAGAACUAGAAAAUGGGACUGUGAUAAUCAACGGGGAUGGAACUUCGAAGGUAAAGGAAAUCCAACAAGCCAGUGGCAAGGCGGGGGUGGUGGGUUCAAGUGAAGAAAAAGAAAAAGAUGGGACUGCCAUAAUCAAAGAAGUUGGAACUUCAAAAGUAGUGGAAAUCCAACACAGCAAGAGCAAGGAUAUCGUGGUAAAUUUUUGCGAAGAAGAAAAUGAAGAUGAAGAAGUUGGGACUGCGUUAGUCCAGCGGAGACAAGUCAGGCGCAACACAGAUCCUUCUCAGGUGCAGGUGGAAGUGAUCCAGCUCCCGAUAGAUGAUAAAGACAGGGUUGAGGCUAUAAUCCGACGAUCACUGGAAAAGUGCAACGCAAUAGAGGCUGAAGAGCCACAGCUACAGAUGGGUGGGUCAAGUUCACAGAUUGUAGAUCUUGUUGAACCAAUGAACUUUGAACUGAAGUGGAUGGCUGGAGCAACUUCUACAUCAGCAAUUCCUUAUUGA